GGACUUUGACAGUGCUGAAGAUGUUCCCAGUAACUUGCAGCUAUCGUUGGUGGGGUGGGCUUCAGAGGAGAAUCUGCCUGAGCCGGCAAGUGCCGAGCAGGUGGCACAUUGAGCAGAUGCAUGUCCGAGUUGGAGACCAUGCUGAACUCAGCAGGGCCUUCACACAGAGGGACGUGGCCGCCUUCUCAGAAUUAACGGGGGAUGUCAAUCCUUUGCAUUUAAAUGAAGAGUUUGCAAAACACACCAAGUUUGGAAAGACAGUUGUACAUGGAGUUUUGAUCAAUGGGCUUAUUUCAGCUCUCCUGGGAACUAAAAUGCCAGGGCCAGGCUGUGUUUUACUUUCACAGGAAAUCAGCUUUCCAGCCCCUUUAUAUGUUGGAGAAGUUGUUUUAGCUUCCGCAGAAGUGCGAAAGCUAAAGCGGUUCAUUGCUGUUAUUGCAGUGUCGUGUUUUGUAAUAGAAAGUAAAAAGACUGUUAUGGAAGGCUUGGUUAAAGUUAUGGUCCCAGAAACUCCCAAAUCCUGAAACGUGUAAAGAUGCACGUUCAGGUGCUAGUGGUACUAUUCGUGAGGAGCCUCUGAGGAAAAUAGGUUUUGCUGCUCUUCACUGAAGGAUGGCUUAUAGACCCAGAAGCCUGAGUCGGGGAAGGGGAGCAGGGAGAGGGGUGUGCAAAAGUCCUCUAUCCAAUCCAGUUUUAUGCUUCAUGCAGACUUGAGUAUAUUCAUCAUCUGUCUAGGUUUUUAAAAUUGAAAAAUUAUUGGGAAGGUUAUUUAGCUGAAGGUUCUACUUUUAGGAUUUCACAUCUAGUUAGGUAUACAUUUGGAUAACACAAACCUGCCUGUGUCUGUGGAGAGUAAAUUCCUCACUGAAUUUAUAACUACCAUUUAAUUAUUGAGGACAAGAACAGAAGUCAGGUCGUCUUUGAACACCUACCUUCUACCAGUCAGCAUUCUUAGAUCCUGUUGAGUAGUUUCCAGGUCAGAGUUUAUUGUAAUUUGUUCCCGUUUGUACCACGAUGGCACCUUGUUCCAUCAUCAGUGGCAUUUGUCUUCCAGAUGGUUUUCCUGUUAUUGGAGAACGGCUUAUGCACACACUUGGACUCAUUUAUGUAAACUCUGUCAAUCUCAUGUAUAAAACGAGGAUAAGGACACCUACCACACAGGAUUGUUGGAGUUGAUAGAUGCAAAUCUCUAAGUACCAGGUCUAGCCUGUAAAGUAGCCACUACUGUCAUCCAUUUUCCCCUGUCAGUGAGGUUAGAGAUUCUCCUCAGUUUAAAGCAAACUGGCCCACAACUAAACAGAUGACAAGCUAAUUUUUCAGGCUGUCAGUCAGUCUAAACCUGGACUAGUUUGAAUGCAAAAUUUGUUUUGAUAAUCCAGAUUAUUUUCUCCCUCCCUUGAAAAUACUGUGGAUUCUCCCCUUUAUAAAUAAUACAUGCUUAUUGUAAACAUAUUGUAAGAAAUAAAAUGUAUAAGGAACA